UUUGAAUAGGUACACAACCCUUGCAACCUUGAAGGUUACUUAAACCAAAACAAAUUUUCUGACAACUUUUUAUUAUUCGCAAAACCGGAGAAUAUUAUUUUAUAUUUUAAUUUAUCUGAAAUAUAAAACAAUGGAAGAGUUUCGCCAAUCGGAUAUUCCAUUUGAAGCUCUGAGCGGUCAUGAGCCAUCAAAGCACGUAAAGAUACCUCAGGAUAUAGCCAAAUGGCAACGAUCAGAAGCCUACUAUGACCUAUUGGGUUUUAUAAAUGCAGUCAGUUAUGCAAUUCAAGGAAAACGCAUUAAUGAUUCCACCAUUUACAUCUCACCUACAAUGAAGAAUGUGGUAGGCAUCUUCGAUAAACUGAAUAAGCUUGUUGAUGAAUCACCUCCAGUCGAUCAACCGACUCGUUUCGGAAACAAAGGCUACCGUGUUUGGGCUCGAAAAAUGCACCGCGAUAUAUUCGUAUUCCUGAAAGAAGCUCUGCCGCAAGAGAAGUGCGAUAUGUUCAGUGAACUGGGAGCAUAUUUGAGCGAGUCGUUUGGCAACUCAGUUCGCAUCGAUUAUGGAACGGGUCACGAGCUAUCUUUUAUAUUCUUCAUGUGUGCGCUGUUCAAGGCUGAAAUAUUCACGGAAGAAGACAGUAUAGCUUGCGCGCUACGCUUAUUUAACAGCUAUUUGAUAUUUGUUAGAAGGCUGCAAAAGGAGUACCAUUUAGAACCCGCCGGCAGUCAAGGAGUUUGGUCGCUUGACGAUUUUCAAUUUGUUCCGUUUAUUUGGGGUAGCGCUCAGUUGGCUUUUAAUAGUCCUUUCGAUCCUGCGCGCUUUCUUGAUGAAGAUAUAAUAAACGAGUACAAAGACGAGUAUUUGUUUAUCGGAUGCAUAGAUUACAUCAAUCAAGUGAAAACCGGACAUUUUGCGGAGCACUCUAAUCAGUUAUGGAGUAUUUCUGCAGUGCCCAGUUGGACGAAAAUAAACAGUGGAUUAGUGAAAAUGUACCAAAAGGAGAUUCUAUCCAAAUAUCCAAUUAUGCAGCACGCACUGUUUGGCAAAUUGUUAAAAUUUGAUCCCGUUACACCCGGAACAGCCCUACCUGUUGCGCGUCUGGGUUUUAUACAUCCAUCUUCUAUAAAAUCGUCUACUAGUUCGAGCGAAACUGGUUCACAAGUUUUGGAAACAGAGAAAUAUGAUAUUUCUAAUCAAAACUUGGUUAAAUCACCGAAACCUGCCGAGCAGGAUCAAGACUCAAAAGCUAAACCUACUCAGGCAGCCGAAAAUGCUGUAUAAACCAAAGCUAGUGUCGUGGCUUCAUUAAAGGCAUGAAGACAUAAUGGUAUUAUCAAUCGCACAGUUUUAUUGGAGAGUCUAAGUGAACGCUUUGUAUUGCAGUGCAACUGGAGAUGAGAAACAUUGGAAAGCGUUCCAAACUACAAACUGCAUUCACACACUAGAAGAACAUAUAAAUUUCAUAUGAAUAAUCGUUAAAUAUACAUUUAUUUACUCAUACAUAAGUAUGUAUACA